GAGGUUCGCGGUGCCGCGGGAGCCGCUCCGCGCCCGCUACUGCGCCGCGUGCGGGCGGCUGCACGCGGCCGGCGAGGGCGACCUGUGGGCCGAGUCCAGCCUGCUGGGGCUGCGCGUCACCUACCUGGCCGUCACGGGCGGCAGGGUCUUCGACGUCACAGAGUGGGCCGGCUGCCAGCGCGUGCCCAUCGCCCCCGACACCCACCGCGUGCUCUACCACAUCUCGGCCGGGCCGCGCGGCGCCGCCGGGCGACACCGGGCUCCGGCCAAGGGCAGCGCCGACCUGCACGCCUUCCUCAGCCGCGUGUUGCCGGGCGGCGCCGGGGCGCCGGGCGCGGGGCCCUUCCCGUUCCCAUUCCCGUUCCCGUUCCCGGCCCCCGCGCAGGCCGAGGGCGCCGCGAAGCACAGGCGGCGCAGGAAGCUGGCGGAUCCAGCGUUCCCAGCUGGCGGAUCCGGCAUUCCCAAGGGGCGGAUCCGGCGUUCCCAGCUGGCGGAUCCGGCGUUCCCAGCUGAAGAAGAGGCGAAUGAGGAAGACGUCCUGGGAGAGGAGAUAGAGGAAGAAGAGCAGAAGCCGGUAGAUCCGCCCGUCAAAGUAGAAGAGCCUCCCGUAAAAUCGCCUGAUGUGAAUACAGAAAAGAAAGUAGUGAAAAUAACAUCAGAAAUAUCGCAGAUGGAGAGAAUGCAAAAGAGAGCGGAACGCUUCAACGUGCCCGUGAGCCUGGAGAGCAAGAAGGCAGCCCGUGCAGCUCGGUUUGGAAUGGCCCCAGUUUCCACUAAAGGCCUCUCUGCAGACAGCAAACCCACGGUAAACAUGGAUAAAUUAAAGGAGAGGGCUCAAAGAUUUGGGUUGAAUGUCUCUUCGCUCUCCAAGAAGAGCGAGGAGGAUGAGAAGCUGAAGAAGAGGAAGGAGCGGUUUGGCAUCGUGACGAGUUCGGCCGGGGCCGCAGCUACAGAGGACACAGAGGCGAAGAAGAGGAAAAGAGCAGAGCGCUUUGGGAUCGUGUGAUGUCCUCCCGUUCCGCCCCAGCCCGUUCGCAGUGUGCCUCUUGAAGCAUCUCUGUCGAGCUGGAUAACCCCCAGACUUGCUGAAGGAACCGCAGUCUUCUCCGAGCUGCCAGCCAGUGCGGGAAAGCUCCGGUGUUAUCCUAGGACCCGUGUUUUAAAAGCCUUGGAAGUUCUUGGUAGCUGUGCGGGAACUCGGUUCCCUCUGCUGCGCUAACAGUAGCCGGUUGGGUGAGACGGCCGAAACCCUCUUGGCCAAGUGGCGCGAAGGGCAGCGUUGUCCCGGCUCGCUCAGUGCUUUUAGGUGCGUUUCAGCCUUUCGAGCGGCCCCCCUGUUCUUAGGGAGCUGCAGCGGGCGGUUGCUGGCGCUGCCCUGCAUGGCUGGGAAGCAGCGGCGAGCGCAGGAGCCUGGAGUUGCCGGGGCUCCCGAGCGGAGCGAGGCUCCCGCCGCCCCUCCUGGAGAACCGGCCGCUCGCGAGCACACUCCUGCCCUCUCCUGCAGUGCUUUCCCGCACGCUGGUGCCUGCACCCCAGGCGGAAGCAGAAAUUCACCCAUCUGCCCGCAUUCCUACACGGGCAUUUUGACCCAAAUCCUGUUUUAUCCUCACAUUUUUAUUUCUGACCGUAGCCUCUUGCUGGAGAGACGUUUGCGCUGUCCGCGCUCCAUUAGGAUACCGGAGAACAGCGGCCGUGUCUCCAAAUGGAGCUUUCCAGGGGCUUCGACCUGAUUCUUAGUAAGCAAUAGAUAAAUAUUUUUCAUGGGACAGCCUCCAAACUGCUCCGGUUCCGCUCUUGUCCCCUUGUGUCCAUGCACCCGUUGCGACUGAGCAAAACCUCCGGCGUCUCCUUCCUCUCCCAAAGGGCAGCUAAAAGCCACGGGGUCCGGGUCACGUCGCCUUGGGAUGCCGGUGGCCGAGUGAAUCGAAGCUCCCUUGCUCCUUCCUGCUUUAAUGUAAUCGCUUGACUCCGC